CCCGGACCCGGUUGUUUGGGCGCCAAUAAAUUUGGAAAUGACCAAAUUGUCCUUUCAGCUAUGAGCGAUCAUCUCGUUCUGUAUGUGGACCGAUUAAUUCGGCCGGUACCCGUUGAGUCGGUGCCCAACCCGACUGAGGUUGUUCCUUUCUUGCCGAUCGGUGGGGAUUUGGAGGGCGACUCGCUCGGCUUUCCUUGUUCGACGUCCACUUCCAAUGUUGAUGAGAAGAGAAAAGAGAGUGAGGAUUUGGAUGGAGAGGAUGAUUCAUUGAUUCAGACAGCGGAGUGUCGCAUUUGUCAAGAUGACGAUAUAAUUAGGAAGCUGGAAACUCCAUGUGCUUGUAGUGGCAGUCUUAAGUAUGCGCACCGGAAGUGUAUACAGCUUUGGUGCAAUGAGAAAGGGGAUAUCAUUUGUGAGAUUUGUCAUCAGCCUUACCAACCUGGUUAUACAGCUCCACCACCUCCCCCUCGCAUUGAAGAAACGUCUAUCGACAUUGGGGGAGGGUGGACCAUCACUGGCACCCCUUUGAAUUUACAUGAUCCUCGCCUUUUGGCUAUUGCAGAGGCUGAACAUAAUUUAUUGGAAGCCGAGUAUGAUGAAUAUGCUGCUUCAGAUGCCAGUGGCGCUGCAUUUUGUCGAGCAGCUGCUUUUAUUCUCAUGAUCCUACUUUUCUUGCGUCAUGCACUUGAAGUCACAGAUCCUGAUGGCGAUGAUUACUUGUCUGCUUUCUUCUCUAUUUUCUUGCUUCGAGUGGCUGGGUUUCUCUUGCCCUGUUACAUAAUGGCUUGUGCAGUCAACAUCUUGCAACGUCGACAACGAAGACAGGAACGGGAGGCUGCAGCCUUGGGUGCAGCACAAGUUGCUUUUGUGCUACAAGGACGACACAGAGGUCUGCAAUUUGCGAUAGCAUCAGGACCUCAAAUGACUUCCCUCCAGGACACUGUGUGACUUACAUAGGCACAAAAUGUAUAACCUCUUCAAUUUUCCAAUGGUUAGAUCUUCCUUACAAUCUGUCUAUAUUUGUAAUCUGACUUAUUCAUUUUGGAAAACCCGAGUGUAAUUCAUCACAAGAAUGUUCUUGCUUUUCGUGAUUUGCAAUCUUGUCCCGAGUAAUGAAGCAUCGAAACACUUAACCAAA